AUGGCGUCCGUCAACCGCAAAGACUAUGGCCCUGCGCCGCAAAUCGAAGACGACGACCUCAUCGAUCCGGAUGAUGCCGACCUCGAUGACCUUGACGACCCCUUGGCGCCCGAGGCGUCCUCGUCACGAGCUCCCUUGCGCGGCAACAUCGGCUCUUCCUCAACAGCAGGCCCCAGCAGCGGCUCUGGCUCUGGCAGCUUCGGCCGCUCCAUCAGCGGAAAUUACCUGACCUCCCAAAUCCCUGGCGAAGACCGCUCGGCACCCACCAACACCAUCGACGAGAGCGUGUGGGCGACCCUGCGCCGGGACCUGCUUGCCGUCUGGGCCAAGAUGCGCGAGGUCCUGUACCCGCGGUACCUCUUUGGCGGCUCCAUGUUUGACGCCGACGGCAAUGGCGGCAGUGGUGGCAGUGGCGGUGGCGGCCUUCGUGGUGCCUAUGCGACGCUGCGCAACGCAGGCCUGGCCGGCACGCGCGACGAGCUGGCCGGCCUGGCCGGCCGCAUGCUCGACCCAGAGUCUCUGCUGCGCCAGAGCAACAUGACCCCUGGACUGCGCGACUGGGACCUGUGGGGCCCCCUCGUCUUCUGCCUGCUGCUCAGCAUGCUCCUGAGCUUCAACGCGCGGGAGAAGCAGCGCGAGCUCGUGUUUUCGGGCGUCUUUGCCAUGGUCUGGAUCGGCGAGGCCGUUGUGACACUGCAGAUCAAGCUGCUCGGCGGCAACAUUUCCUUUGCACAGAGCGUCUGCAUCAUCGGCUACACACUGUUCCCGCUUGUGAUCGCGGCGCUGCUCUCGGCGCUGAGCCUGCCGACGGUGGCGCGCAUUCCCGUGUACCUGGUGCUGGUGGUGUGGGCCAUGGCGGCGGGUGUGAGCAUCCUAGGGGGCAGCGGCGUGGUCAAGAACCGCGUGGGCAUUGCCGUAUACCCGUUAUUUGUCUUUUACCUGGGCCUGGGCUGUCUGUGCUUCAUCAGCUAG